AUGCAAGGCAAAUUUUGGGCUGAAGGAUCUGACUCAUCCUUAUCUUCAGACUCAAAUGGUAAUGAUGGUUCUUUUUCGGAAUCUGAGGCUGAGGCUCAAUCCCAUUAUCGCCGUCCGCGUGAAAUCAAUAAUAAUCGUUGGGCAAUAGAUUCAGAUUUUGAUAGUAGUGAGGAUGAUCGUCGAGUGGUCCGUGGGGCUAAGGAGAAAUUUCAUGAGGAAUUAAGAUCUAUUACACGUUUAAUAACCAAUCAUAUAAAGAUAUCAGAUUUUGCAGUAUUAAGUGAGGACUAUGAGAAGCUAUUGAGAUGUAUUCAGAAAUCACGAUUUUUAAUUGAUCAAUAUGGGAUACCAAGAUUUCUGAUCUUGGUACUUGUUGAAUUGGAAUUAUUUUUGGAUGAGAAAUUCAAAGAUAAGGAGGGUAUAAAAAAGUUAUCAAAGGCCAAAGCAACUAGCUUCAACACUCUACGUGCAAAGUUUCGUAAGACAACUGAAGAAUAUAAAGCUCAAAUGGAUGAAUGCAAAGCUAAUCCUGACAAUUUUCAUGAUGAUACUAGUGAGAAAUCUUUUUCUGAUUCAUCUUCUUAUUCUGAAUCAGAGGAUUCAAGUUCAGAUGAUGAGGAUGAUACUUCUGAAUCUAGGAGUGAUACAUCAUCUUCAACAUGGUCUUCUGAUGAAGAGGCUUAUGAAGAUCGUCAUGCUUCAGCAUUAGCCAAAUGGGGAACAAGAGUAAAGAAACCUAAGAAAUCUGAAUCUGAUGGAACUAAAAGGAUUCCUAAGCAAAAGACUUUACGUAAGGAAUACUUUGAUAGCUCAUUACAAGGUCAGUUAGGUAUUGGAGUAAGCACAUCUAAUAAUGCAGGACUUGGUGGAGGUGAUAUGUUUUCAUUUGAGGGGGAAGUAACCGUAGAUAUGAUUGUGGAGAAGGUUGGUGAGAUUGUAGCUGCUAGAGGGAAGAAAGGAACUGAUAGACAGGAACAAAUUCGUCUUUUAAAAAGAGCUGCAGAUAUAGCCAAACCAUUAUCACUACAAGUAUAUGCUGAUGUAUUAACACACUUAAUAUCUGCUCAAUUUGACACUAUUACGGGUGCUUUUCAUUGUAUAUCUGCUUCUAUAUGGUCUGAAAUAUGUCAAAAUAUUAAUAUACUUCUGGAUUUAAUUGUUCAUACAAGUAAAGAUAAACGUAUUUAUAUAUCUGGAUUCCAAAGUUUUAUUUCAUCUAAAGAGAGGAAGAGAAGGCUUUCUGGAGAUGACUCUACAGGAAAUCUCAUUAAUCUUUCAAAUUCUACAGGAAAUUCCGGUGAUUCUACAUCACAAAGUGGUGAAUUAGAUAAUAUAGCUUCAUCCUCAGAUAAUCAGGAACAAGAUAAAAGUACUGUAACAUUUUUGGUCUCAUUUAUAGAAAGACUUGAUGGUGAGUCUCUCAAGGCCUUACAAUUAACAGAUGUACAUUCUAGUGAAUAUAAGGAUCGUCUUGUACAAUCUUUGCAUUUGUUAGCCUUACUUUGGAGAUGUUACAAAAUAUGUGAAGAAAGAAAAUAUAAUGAUUUAGUUGCCACUUUGUCAGUCCACUUAAUUAAUCAAUUACACUUUAAAAGUGAUUUAUUAGCAGUAAAAGUGUGGGAAUUUACUCGACAAAUAUUUAAAAAAACUGCAGGAUCUUCUCUACAGAAUUGUAACUUUCAGUUAUAUCCUACUCAAUGUGAAAAGUGUGGUGAUAAAAGCUUAGAAUGUACAUGUAAACCUAGUGACUUAAUUACUCAAUUAGUACACAAUGUGUAUUUAUAUGGAGAUACCAAAAAUAAGCUUAGGGUAUUAUUACAACAUGUAUACAAUAUGGCUUUGCAUGAUAAAUAUUAUGAAGCUAUUAAUUUAUUCCAAUCAAUGGGAGUUUACGAUAUGGCAUUGGGAUCUGACGUAAAUAUUCAAAUUCUAUAUAACAGGGCACUUGUACAACUUGGUUUAGCUGCCUUCAGAUUAGGAGCUGUAACAGAAGCUCAAGCAUUAUUGAGUGAUAUUUGUAUGCCAAAUCGUAAUCGUGAAUUAUUAGCUCAAGGAAUGAGUAAUAUGAAAUCUCAAGAAAGAACUCCAGAACAAGAAAGAGCAGAAAAAAGACGUCUUUUACCUUAUCAUAUGCAUUUGUCUUUAGAAGUUAUAGAUUGUAUAUAUCUUAUUUGUUCAAUGUUACUUGAAAUUCCAUAUAUGGCAUAUCAAAAAUCCUUAAUAUUGAAUAAUGAAGGGAAUACAACUUUUAAUACAAAAUUUAAACCAAUAUCUAAACAAUUUAGAAGAUUACUAGAACAAUAUGAACGACAACCUAUAACUGGUCCUCCAGAAAGUCAGAGGGAUACAAUUAUUGCUGCUACGAGGGCACUUCAACUUGGAAAGUGGAAAGAAUGUUGUGAUUAUAUAUUUUCAUUAAGUAUAUGGGAUUAUAAUAUUGCAGAUAGAGAUAAAAUUGAAGAAACCCUAAAAAUUAAUAUUAAACAGGAGGCUUUAAGGACUUAUAUAUUUACAUAUGGACAUCUAUAUGACUCCUUUUCAGUCAAAAAUCUAUCAGAUAUGUUUGGUCUUUCAAGGGAUAUUAUUCAUUCUUUAUUAUCUAAAAUGAUGUUAAAGAAUGAAUUAUUAGCAUUAUGGGAUCAAUCUGGAGAUUUUGUAUUAUUAAAUCAUAAACAUACAAGUAAAGUACAAAGUGAUGCAAUGAUUUUGUCUGAUAAAUUACAACAAUUUAUGGAAUGUAAUGAGUCUAUGAUUAGCUCUAAGAAUACUAAAAGUAAUAUUUUAACUAAUUCUAGAAGUACUAAUUCAAGUACUUUAGGUAUAAAUAAUACAAACACAUCAGGUCUAAACUAUUAUUCUAGAAAAUUUGGACAAACACAGCAAUAUAACAAAAAUAGAAAUAUUCCUAUUUCUGUCAGACCUAUUAGAGUUUAA